AUGAGUUCUUAGGGCAAGAGAUAAGAUAAGACUAAUGACUCUGCUUCAGGAUAAGAUUUAGAUUAAGAUCAAAAAAAAAAUAAUGUAAAGAACCCAGUUUCUAAAAAUAAAAGAGGCUCAAGUCAUGGCCCAAGUAACAAAAAGAUGGAUAUUUGGCAUAGAAAUGAAAUGGAAAAACAUAGAAAAAUGAUGGAACAAAAUUAAAAAAGAAUGAAGGAAAAUACACUGAAAGAAAAAAAUGAAUAGGAAAAAGCAGACAAAGAAUAACAAGAAAUACUUGAAAAAUUAAAGAAAGAAAAGAAAGAAUAAUAUGAAAAGUAUUUGAAGACAAACAUUCGUUAAAAUGAUAUAAAUUAUCAAAAAUAAAAACCUGCUGUUAAUAUUUACAAGAGUAUUGAUAUAAUUAAUGGAGUGGAAAACGCUAAUAAAUUAUAAGAAGAUAAUGAUAAUAAAAAAAUGUUGAAAUAAUGGGUUCCUAGACCAGUGCCUUUAGAAGAUGCAGAAAAACAUUUAAAAUAACAAAAGAUUGAGUAAGAACUCUACGAGAACUAAAUGAAAUAAAUGGAGUUAGUUUAGCUUUUAGAAGAAAAAAAAAUGUUGGACAUGUAUAAAAAUUUGCCAAAACCAAAAAAUCAAAAAAGGAAUUCAAAUUAAGAUCAAGAAAAUAUCAAUGAAGAGGAUGAAUACAAUUAUUAGAGUGGGUCUUUUUCAGGAGUAGGAUAAUCUAAUUUAUACGUAGACUCAGAAAACGAGUCUCAAGUAAGGAAGAAAAUGAAAAAAAAUGAAUCAUCUUAGUUAAAAGAAAAUUCCCCUUCAUAUGUAGCAGCUGAUUAUAAAAAGAAAAAUAAAAAUAACAAAGAAGAUUACCUUUAUAAUCAAGAGAUAUCUAUUGUUCAGGAUAAGUAUGAUAUCAAUGGAGGAGAUAGAACUAAAACUCCAGACAUGCUUGGGUUUGAAGUUUAUAACCAGAAUUAUAAGGCUAAAAUUUAAAGCGAGCAAAAUGCUAAAAAGAAUCAAGAGAGCUAGUAAAGUAAAAACAAAGAAAAAUAAAAUAGCUAAGGUAAAAAAGAAAACAGUCCUUCAUAAAAUAAUAAAUAGAAGAAAGAAUAAAAUGCCAUAAAAUAAAAAGAUUAAAAAAAAUCAGAUAAUUAUGGGGAAUGGAAAUUUGAUGAAGGAAAUAGUUUUGAUAAUAAGUAGGAAAAAGAGCCAUUUGUUUAAAAAGUAUUACCAAAUGGCAUGACAAAUCAUCACAAAGAAGUUGCUCUGUCCAAAAACUUUUAGAAAAUUUAGUUUGAGUUAGAUGGGCAAGAAGAAGAGGAAGAAGUGCAAGAAGUCGAGAUUGGUUAAAAAAAUGAUAGGUCAUAGGUUUUUUAAAAUAUCUAAAAUAAGCCCAGCACGUCCUAAUCUGGCAGUGGAGUGAAAAACUAAAUUUAAGAUAAACAAAGUAACUAAUCAGAAAUAAAGAGGUAGUUAGAUUAGAAAGAAAUGGAGCUUCUUAAACAAAAGUAAGAGCAACUUAUUAAGUAAAAGAAGGAACAAAAAUAAAAAGAAUCAGAAAUGGACAAACAAAAGCAACAAUAUUUGUCGUAAUUUUACAAAUAAGAUACUAAAAACUAAGACUCAAACUAAGAAAACAAAGAAUAAAUUUUGAAGGAAUUCAAAAAUUAAUUUAAUGAUUUGAAAAAGCAGUACAACUAUCACAGAUAAAUUACUAAUUAAUCUUCGAAAUCAAAUUUACAAACAACUACUAAUGAAAAUAAUGCAGAGUAAGAGACUCAACAAAAAGGAAAUAAAAUUGACAAUAAGAAGAACCAGAGAUAUGAUUAGCAACCUUAAAUAAAAUCUCCAUAGCCUGAAUAAGAUGAAUACUUGCUUGAAUAGGCAGAUUUCGACAAUGAAUUAAUGUCUAAAUAGUCUUAAAUGAACAACAGUGGUAAAGUUGUAAAACGCACUAAUUAUUUGAAAGAUGUAAGCAAAUUUUCUAUGAAGCCAUAGCCACCAGCUGAAAAACCUUCUUAUUCAAAAAAUUAAAAAGAAAGAAGAAAAUUUUGGGAAAGAAAAACAAACGAGGAUUUCUUGAAUUAGUCUAUUGAAGAAAAAGCUACUUUUACAGCAAUUAGUAAAUUUAAAUCUAAGCUUUAAAAUAACAUAAAUAUUGAUAAGCAGCUGAACAACGAAGAGAAAUAAAAUAUAUCCCCAGAAAAAGCAGAAAAAAAAAAAGAAUUGGAAGAAUGGUAAAAAAUAAAUGAACAAGAAGUAAAACUCUAAAAGGAAAUUUUAAAAAUUCAUUUAGAUAAUUUAGAAAAAGUCAAAGAUGUUGAAGAAAAGAAUUAAAUUAACACAUCUCAAAACAUUUCAUAAAUGAUAGAAAAUAAAAGUAAGUCAAGAAUAAAUACAGCCACAUCAAACAAAUCAGCAGUAACACAAAAAACAACAAAGACAAAUAAAACUACAACUCACAAAGAUCAUGGUGGACAUAAAAAUGCAAUAAAUUAAAUCAAUCCUAUUUCAGAAAUAGAAAACGAAGAUGAUAUAGAAGCUUCUUUGAUGAAUUUAGAUAACUAGCUCUCUAAUUAAAAAAAUAGAAUCACUCUUAUGACAGCUGAAAUAGAGCAGUCUUUAAAGCCAAAGCACCCUUAGUUGAGAAAAGAAAUUUUAAACAAUCCAUAGAUGCUGCAGUAAAAUCCAUUUACUGUUGAUAUAACAUCUCUUGAUAAAGACUAUCUUGAAGAAGAGAAGUAAAAAUUUUUUACUCCUAUUCAAUAGAACCACAAGCAAUCAAAGCUAAACAUUUCACAUAUCUCUUCUGUUUCGAAUUAAAAAGAACUCUUGGGAAAUAGACCUGUAUCUAAUAAAACGAGUAUAACUAAUAGUUAAUUUAACUCUUUGGCAGUUAUCCCUCCUCAUUUUAAUUAAUAGAAUUAAAAUUCUUAAUCUCAUUCUAACUUUUAAGACAAACUGCCUAAAAUUAAUUAAAAUCAUAUUCAAAGCAUUGAACCUUUGCAAGAUAAAUCAAGAAUUGAAAUAUAAAAAUAAAACACAACAAAUUCUUAAAUUUAGAGGUCAAAAAAUUAGUCUAGACAAAGUUCUAAUUAAUCUUCAAUUGUUACUGUCCCAAUUUAAAAAAAUUAAAAUGAAGGAUAAAAUAACAUAAUAACACAAAAGAAAAAUAUUGACUCAAAAGAUAAAGUUAUGCAAAUAAAAAAUAAAGAAAUGGAGCUGAAGAAAAAAUUCCCUGAAUUUUUUUCAGAAGAAGAUUAACAAGAUGUAACUCCUAAAAUGAAAUAAAAACAAAUAAAAGAAUAAAAUUAGAUUGUUUCUCAUAAUUAAAUUUAAAAAUAACAGAUUGAUAAUGAUAGUUAAGAAAGGUAAAUAAUAUAAAAUGUUAGUGUUUAACAAUCAGAGAGUGCUUCCAGGCCAAAUAGAUAAGAAUCAAGCAGAUCUUUAAAUAAAAAAAAGUAAGUUUAACAAGAACUUCCUUAAUUAAACCAUCAAGUUGUAGAGCAGGAUAAGGAAGAUCUUAAAUAAUGGUGGAAAUCAGUUCAAAAAUCAAUAGAAAAAAGCUAUGAAAACACUCCUUCCCAAAAAUUUUCUGAUGAUAAAAAUUCACCAUAAGGAUUUAAUGAAGAAAAGUAAGGUAAAAAUGAAUAAAUCUAAAGCAAAAACAUUAGUCAUAAAUAAAAAAGAGAAUUAGAUUAAGAAAGACAAUCUCUUAAAGUUCAACCAGAAUAAAACAAUGAUGAUGAAACUAUUAAUUAAUAAGCAGAAAGCAAAGAACAAAAUAUUCAGAAAGAACAAUAAAAUAAACAAAAUCAAAUAACCAAAGAAUAACAAAUAGCCUUAAAUAAAGAAGAGAGAAAAAAAAUGAUAAUGAAAAAAUUCUUAGAAGAAUGUGAAGAAGAUGAAUAAAAUAAUGAAGAAAAAAAAUAAUAAAAUAAUUUUGACUUUGAAAAAAACAACUUAAAUGAAAAUGUAAAAUUGUAGAAUGAACAGCCAAAAAAAAAACUAAUUGAAAUUUAAUUUGAACAAAAUAAAGCUGAGCCUAAAAAAAGUAGGAGAAUAAAAAAUAAUGAUGGGAUUGAAAUCAAUGAAAGUGAAAUCAUGAGUGAUAAUUUUUCAGUUGUAUCUAAAAAAAAUGGAGAAGAAUCUUCAAAAAACAAUAGGAAAGAGUUUAGAAAUUUUUCUGGAAAAUCUAACGAAAAUCUGUAAAAGAUAAAAGAAUCCAAAUCUAGAUAAAAAAGUGCUGAUUCAAGUAAUACACACGAUUCACGAAGCAAAAUUGUCAAAUAACUAAGAGAUUAAUCUUCAAAUUAAUCUUCUCCUACUAACCCAAGCAAAAAGAGAGUAGAAAAGGUUUUAGAUAAAAAUGUAAUUGCAAAGGUGGAACAGUAAUAGCAGCAAAUAGAAUAAGCUAUAAAAUAAACUCUUGAAAAACUAGAAUAAGCUGAAAUAGAGCAGCUCCACAAAGAAUAAGAAAAGUAAAAAGUUAAUAUCACUAAAAGAAAGUCAAACGUCUCCUCAAAUAAUUCAAAUGUUGAAAAAGAGCUAAGUGAAAUCAGCCAUAAUUAUUCAUUUGCAGAAUCGGAUAUCAGUCAUCUUACUGGAAAUGGAAAUUAUGCUACAAGACAAGUUAUAAAAAAGAACUACAUAGUUACAGGAAAAGUUCCUUCAAGAUACAACCAUGAAAAUUUGUAUCCCUCAAAAAAUAAAUCAACAAAUAACAGCUUUAACGAUAAUGCAAGUAAUAUGUCUUCAUCAAAGUUCAUAUUUUAAAAAGAAAAUAUGCAUGACUCAAAGCUAGUAUUAAAUAACCAAAGUAAUAUAUAAAGUAAAGCAGUAAUUCCUGAAAAUAAAGAUAUAAUAGAUGAAGAAGAGUAUUAGGGAGAUAUAAAAAUCAACAGAAAUGUAAACCUUCAAAAGUUGCUUUUUGUUGAUUGA